AUGGACAAAAUUAUUAUUUCGGAAGAUCGUUAUGGUCGAAAACUUAAUCAUUUAGAAGAUGAUGAUCUUAUCGACCGUCUUAAUAGUCGAUAUACAGUUAUGGCAUUAGUAAUGUGUAUUUUUAUAAUUACAGGAAAGGUUCACGUAGGAGACCCAAUCAAUUGUUGGACACCAGCUCAGUUUAGUGGAACACAUAAUUCUUAUACAAAUAGUAUUUGUUGGUUAAAAGGAUCCUAUUAUCUACCAACAGAAGAAAUUACAAUUCCUGAUCGAUCAAAACCUAGACUUUACCAUGUUUCUUAUUAUCAAUGGACACCAUUUAUUCUACUUGGUAUGGCUUUAUUGUUUCUUUUGCCUCGAUAUUUAUGGUAUGCAUUUACACGAGGAGGUGGAGUCAAUAUUCAACGACUUGUAAAAUCUAUUAAAGAUCCACUAGAUCCUGAGAAAGGUGUGGAAUUAACACACCGUACAUUAAAAUCAUAUAUUGAUACACAAAAUACAUUACAUGGAACAAUAUGUUGUGGUAUCCGUGUGCCUAAUUUUUAUUUUAGUUAUACAUUAACAUAUUUUAGUAUUAAAAUACUUUAUAUUAUCAACACACUUUGCCAAUUCUUUCUACUCAAUUCAUUCCUAUCAUUUCAUUUUACUAGUUAUGGUCCUGAAGCAAUUAAUAAAUUGUUCAGUAGUGAUGAUUUGUUUGAAUCACCAAGAUUUCCUCGUGUCACUAUGUGUGAUUUUAUGAUACGGCAUUUAGGUUCAAAUCAACAUUGGUAUGCAAUUCAAUGUAAUUUACCAAUUAAUUUAUAUAAUGAAAAGAUAUUUCUUGGUAUUUGGAUAUGGUUAAUAGUUUUAACAAUAUUGAAUCUUUUAUCAAUGGUUGUUUGGAUAAUAUCAUUAGGAAGAAGACGUCGAUUAGCAACAAUUAAAAAAUAUUUGAAACUGAGUAGCACAGUAUCGGAAGAAAAAGAAAGCUUAUUACUCUCAACAGCAAUGUCAGUAUAUCGAGGACAUGGUCGAACGGAAAGAGCUGAAGAUCUUACAGAUUAUUUAGGCUCGGAUGGAUUUCUAAUAUUUGACAUAGUUGCACGAAACACAGACGACAUUGUAGCUGGACAAAUAAUUGAUCGUUUAAAUAAAACUUGUGAACUACCUACUGGACGUCAUACGAGCAAUGUUUGA